CCGCGAAUUUGGGGGGGGGCCUGUACAUGAUAAUCAUGAAACGGAGCAGGUCUCCUUUUCUUCCACUGCUGCCGCCAACGUACAGGGAUGUCUUCAGAGUCCUCCCUUGGCGCAACAACCUCAGUCAUUAUCAGAGUGGCCCCCCUCUCCUGUCACGUCCAAUUCCACCAAGAGGGAACAGUGCUCCUCUUCCAUGUUCAUGGUCGGGUUCUCCAGAUUCUCAUGGCCCUGAUUGCUUCCAGGAUCUCCGGUCUGGUCCUCGUCGGUGGCAGGUGACAGCUCCUCAGAGUCUUCCCAGGUGUACUGCCCUGGCCCAUGAUACUGCCACAGACGAUUGAUGUGGACUACCUUUGGUUGAGCCUUUCUUCUUCCCCUGAUCUGGAUACUUCUAUGAUGGGCAAUAGCAUCGAACUUUCAGAAGAUAAUGGCAGUAGAUUUUGUGGUAAAACUAUCCCAGAAGAAAUUGUGAUUCAUAUAUUCCUGUACGUGCCGGUCAAAGACCUGAUAAGGUCGGCCACGCAUGUCUGCAAGUACUGGCAUCACUUGCUGACUCAGUACCACUUCUGGUUUACAAGGAUGCAGGUUGAAGGUUAUAAGCUGUCAGAAACUACCAAGCAGAGGCUUCUGGAAGAGACGAAUGAGACUUUGGUUCUGCGUGCUCUCCAGAGUGUAUGUGGAAAUUACCUGCACUUGAACAAAAACCUUAUCCUCAAUCCAAGUGGAAUUGAUGGAUUUCAACAUUGGAUGGUAAGACAUGGAGGAGAUAAGAUGAUAGUAGAAGACACUCCUACUGGUAGUGAUCUCAUCCCUGAGGAAGCUGGACUACCCACCCAACAUUGCUUUGUUACCUCAUAUAUCGCAAGCUCCCGGUGCCAAGUUGUAAACCUGGAGCAUCUCGGCCUUGAUCCUUGUGUUAUUGACAUCUUAAGACCAGAGAUCCACAUUUCAGAAUGGGUGAGUGCAAGGUGGGAUUGUCACUCUAAGAGCACAAUAGCGGUUUUGUUGAAAGGGGCAGAUGACACACAGCAGGUGGAUAUUACCUGGAACUCACGUACUGAUGAUGUGAUCUGCAGACAAUGGUACAAGAUGCAGAAAGUAGUGGCGGAUUACCCAACAGGAUUAAAACAAAUUACAUUUACCAACAUUGGAAAGGACCUUCAGUUUUGGGCUGGUCACUAUGGAGCCAAAACUGCUGGCUCAUCAGUGAAAUUUGUGCUUUGAAGUGCCUUAAUGAUUAAAACAGUGUUAUGUGUUGUUGUUAUAUGAAAUCAUUUAAAGUUUACGUUUGUAGAAGAAGUUUGAAGUGAUAUACCUCUUUUGUGUGUGUGUUUUACUACUGCAGUGCAGGUUGAACCUCACUAAUCCGGCACCCUUUGGACCUGACCGGUGCCGGACUAGAGAAUUUUCCGAACCACAGGUGGUCUGUAAAAUACAUAGUAUUAUUGAUGUCACACAGUUUUAAUGUAAAUGAUAUAAAUAAAUAUGCAUGCAAAAGAAUAAAGAAAGAAAUAUGAAAAUGAAAUACCUGUACAGGUAAUGUAUUUCACAUACAGUAACAUAAUACAGUACAGUGUAAUUGUAAUACAAAAAAAUAGAUACCGGUAAACAAUAAUUCUCAUUCUGCACUUAAAAUGACAAAAUAGUUACGGUACCUGUACAUAAAUUGGUGAUGUUCACCUGUAAAGAAGAAAAAAAUAUCUGUACAGUAAAUUAAAUAAUAAAAUAAAGAACAAAUAAGGAGAAAUUAUAAACCAUAGAAAUAAAAUAAUUACAGAAAAAACAUAAAUGUAAUAAGUUUACUGACUUAAAAUUAAAUAAGCAAGUUAUGAAAAUAAAGUAAAAAUACAGGAAAAAAUAAGAUAAAAUGAAGAAAUAAAGAAAACCAAUUAACUUACAUAAAGUGAUUACUGAUUCUGCACCCAAAUUUAUGUACAGUACAGGUAUGUACACACAUAUCCAAUCCACACUACAUUGGAGUUACAUCUGGGGUCUUGGCUGGGGUGACAUUUGGGGCCUUGGCUGGGGUGACAUCUGGGGCCUUGGCUGGGGUGACUUCUGGGGUCUCAGCUGGGGUGACUUCUGGGUACUCUAAGUCAUUGUCUGGGUCCUCGUGUCAGGUGACAUCUGGGGUAGCAGAAGUAGAUGCAAUAGGAUGUUCAGUUGAAGAGAGUUGCUUACUGGUCUCUGUUGCUUUUUUGAAUCAAUUAUCCCAAGUUUUUUGUUUCAUGUAUUUGGGCUUUUCUUUAAUGAGACUGUCUUUCAUUAGGUAGAGAUGCACGAUUUCUUGAACGGUAAAUAUGUUUCUCUGCUCCAGGUCUUCUGUUAAAUCUGUGGUCAGCUGAAUGCAUUUGUCAAUAGAUAUUCUUUCUUGAGCUUUCUCCAACUCUUCUUUACUGUCUGUACCUGUACCUGUACUUUGUCCUUUCUGUACCAUCUGCACAAUUUCUGCAUUUGUCGGUUGAUUCACAGUUGGUACAUCUCGAUCGACAUCCAGCCACUCCAGUAAACCUUCUUCCCCCAUUUCCCUGACCAUUGCACGUGCUGCUGGGUUGAUCAAACUGUUGGCAUACUCCAUUAAAUCACGCGCAGUUAUUUUAUUUUGCAGCAUUUGAAAUCCAGCGAAAUCACUCUCCUCGCUGACAUCGGAACUGUCCUGAAACAUUAGUGUUGGCCAUAAAUUAUGCCAAGCGUUCAUCAGAGCAGAUGGUGUUACUGUAUCCCAGACUUUAGCUACUGUCCAGAUCAUAUCCCUAAGAGUGAAUUCUUUUCGAGCUGUUCCAAUAUCUUUGCCAUUAUUAAUGGCUAACAGCAAAUGGUGCAUAAACACUGAUCCGUAUUUACUCUUCUUGGAGUGUAAAAUACCCUGAUCACAUGGCUGAAUUAAGGAAGUACAGUUAGGAGGUAAAUACAGCCCCAUAACAUUAUCAUCUUUAACAAGUAGUUCUGCAUUAGGGGGGACUGAUCAGUUAUCAAGCAGGAGGACAAUUUUGCACUUAGGAUCCAGACCAACUGAUGUACAGUGAGCUCUAGCCUCCCGUACGAAAUAUUUCUCGAACCAUUCAAGAAAUAUUUUACUGGUCAUCCAGCCCUUUUUGUUUGCAUGGUAAAUAACUGGGAAAAUUUUCACCCCCUGAAAACACCAAGGGUUCAGACUUUUUCCAAUAAUCAACAGCUUGGCCUUGUGUGUGCCUGCAGCAUUACUUCAACCAAGCACAGAAACCCUGUCCUUAACAUCCUUCGUGCCGACACAUGCCACUUCUGUUUCUUGCGCCAAAGUUUUGCCGGGGUUAUGACGCUCAGUUUCGUCAGCAUUAUAUAUCUGCUCGGGAGAUAAAUUAUCAUGUGCAUCAUACUGUGCAUUAUCUCAAAGAACUUAGCAGCUGCUUCAGUAUCUGCACUUCCCUUUUCCCCACAUAUACGGUGUAAACUAAUACCUUGCCUUUUUUAAAAUUUUUGCAACCAUCCCUGCAGGUUAAGUUCUUCGUGAAAUAUUUUUUCCUGUGCAAGUAACAUCUCGCCCGACAAAGGAAAACGUUCACUGUGCCUAAGUUUGAAUCACUGUAUAAGAGCACUGUCUAAAUCACUGUUUUUCCCUUCCUUCAGUGUUUUACGCAUAUCCAUAUAUUUCUUAGUGUUAGAUUCACUAUAAAACUUAAGGAUUUUAAGUUUUUGCUUCUUGACAUCAUACACUGUAGGUGAUCCAACAUUGUAAAUUUCACAUAACGCACGGACCAAUAUGCCACUGUCCAGUUUCUUCAACAGUUCCACCUUCUGUUGUAUCGAUAUAGAUACUACGUGUUUGCGGCGUUUGGAAGCAUUUCCUGCUCCAGUAUCACCUGCUGGUCACUUAGGAGGCAUAUUAAGGGUAUAUAACAAGUGAAAUAUUACAGAAACACUUGAAAUACCUAGGAACACACCAAACUCCAUGAGGACCAGAUAUAAACAAAGGGUAUGCUGAACCAUGGAUACUAGCGCCGGUGGGUACUAGCGGCCGUCCGGCAAACUAAAAUUUUGCCGGACGGCGGGAGGUGCAGGACAAUAGAAUACCGGAUUAGGGAAGUUCAACCUGUACCUGUAUCAUUUUAUCAUCAACAUAAUUUAACAACCAUUUUCCAUGCUUAGGUGGGUUAGCUGCAGUUACCUCAUUACAGCUCUCUAAGCAGCACAGUUACUUGCACCCUCUUUUGUAAGGUUCUUUACUCUUAAUGUUAUUUCUUACAACCUCUCCCCAUGUCAUUAUUGGCUUGUUCCUGGCUCCCCUCCCCUCGAUGCCCACAUUUCAUUGCUAUACGGGUUACUUAUUAUACGCUGUACUGAUAUAUGUCAUUUUAUAUAUAUGUCACUAACAAAUAUAGGAAGAAACUUUCAUUAUACUGUACGUCCCAUCACGUAUCACACAUCUAACAAAUAAUGUUGUUCGGAAUGCAUCUCCACAUCAACUACUAUCCACAACAACAUGUUAUCCUGACCCCAUUGUAAACUGAUAUGCUGAGGUUUCAAGGGGUGUUACUGUAUAUGUUGGAAUGCAUAUACUGUACCCCUAAUUACGUUAAUUUUUAUGGGAAAAAUUCCUAAUUAUAAAACAUUUCUUUUUGAGUCACUUUUCUCUGGAACACAUCCCAACAUAAUGAACACUGCCUGUACAGGUACAACAUUACUCAUCUCAUGCCAGUUGCAUACAGGUACAUCUUUCCUUUCACAUGGAGGAAAGGUCCUCUGGUCACAGUGCUUGCACAUUUUGAAAUUCAAUUUUCUUGAUUGGGUUGUUAAAUUUCCUUAGAUUUUCGUAUAAAAGAAUAUUAAAUUUCCCUUUGAUGAAAAACUACCAGUGAAAAGAAAACCGGAUUAUUUCUGUAGAGCAAAGGAUCAAAAUUUUUAUUAGAGUAGUAAUAUGUAUUACUUUUUAACCUGUCUGUUAACAGGUAUAUGGUGUUAACAUCCAUCAUCUAUGUCACAAAGUUAAAGAAAAUGAGGCGAGAAGUGAAAGUUAGACACUGGGAGACAAAGUUCACAAGUUUAUUAUCAUUAUGUACUUGUCUGUUUAUUCUGUUGUUCUUGUAUCAUAUUUUCAAGAAACAGUUUUCAUGGUAUGGCAGUUUUAUUAUCAUCUGCAUUUGAUGUAAUUUUAGAAUGGAGCCGAAUCAUGUCUUUUGCCAGGUCUAAGUUUGCAGCUUGAUCUUUUCAUGCCCAUUGAUAUGUAAGUCUUAUUGUUAACAAUCCAAGUAAAUUUUCUUGCUUAAGACCAGUUCUGUGAAAAAAAAUUAUCAAUUUUAAUUUACUAAAAAUUCGUUCAACCAUUGUAUUUGAAUAGGGAAAUGACAAUAACACUGCUAGAACCUUGCAUAGGUGUGGAUAUGGAGGACUUCUAUGCCAAAACUCUUUAAAAUCCUUACAUGCAUUAAGACUGGGACAUAGUGCCAGCUGCCUCUGUUAUAGAUCAGCUGUGUGAACAUCAACAAUCUCUUUCAGAUAAAAGUUAUUUGAAAGUGACGUGUGUGUGUGUGUGUGUGUGAGAAGGAAGUGUGCAUGGACAAGUGUACAACAACACCUCACUGGAUAGCAGAUAGAUUUGUUUAUUGAUUAUACAUUUUGUACAUACAUAUACACCUAGUACAAUACAGUACUUAAUAAACUAGAAGGUCUGAGAAUGUUCAUAAGGUGUAAUCACCAGAGAUGAACUUUGAUAAAUUUGUGUCAACUUAAGAAGUAGUUACAGUAUACAGGUACAGUCACUCAGAAAACUAUCUGUACUUUGUGUAAUAUUGUCUCAGCACAAUUUUGUACAGAUAUUUCUUUUGUGACUGUACAUAUAACUCACUGACGGAGUAAAAAUGUUGAAGCCAAAGAGAAUCAUUUUUAUUAUUAUAGCGUAGGCCAGUAUGAGCAUUAUCUGUGAUUUAUAUUAUGACUGCAUUUUAAGAUGAGAUUAUCCUUGUGUGUGAGCGUUACAUCACGUGUCGGAUAGCUGUAAUAUUUCUUAACCUGCAUUUAAUUUCCAUGUUUGUGAAAUGUUAGCAACUUAAUGUGCAACUGUUUAAAAAUAAAGUAAGGUUGCUGCUCUA